UGUCGCGCGUGGUGGAAGGUAGUGGAGAAGCUGUUUUCUCUUUCUUUUUCCCCCCCCAUUCUUUGUUCAGAGCCGAUCUGAAGGGCGGCUCCGUAGAUGGCCAGCUUUCCCCCGAGUGUUAACGAGAAGCUAAUUGGAAGAUCACGGACAGUGGGAGAACUUCUAGCCCCAACUUCUCCUUUCGACAAAAAGUGUGGGCGUGAAAACUGGACAGUUGCCUUUGCCCCAGAUGGCUCCUACUUCGCUUGGUCACAAGGCCAUCGCAUAGUCAAGCUUCUUCCUUGGUCGCAGUGCCUGAAUAACUUUUCAUUGCAUGGCGUCAAGAAUUUUGCCAAUUUAAGCCAUUCCAGACUCUCGAGACAGAACAGCAAUGGUGACCAGAAGAACAAGCCCAGCGAGCAUGUCAUAGAUUGCGGUGACAUCGUCUGGAGUCUCGCGUUUGGAUCUUCAGUGCCUGAGAAGCAGAGUCGUUGCGUGAACAUAGAAUGGCACCGGUUCAAGUUUGGGCAAGACCAGCUUCUCCUGGCGACAGGCUUAGCCAAUGGGCGCGUCAAAAUAUGGGAUGCCUAUACAGGAAAGCUCCUCCUUAACUUAAUGGACCAUACGGAAGUUGUCAGAGACUUAACUUUUGCCCCUGAUGGCAGCUUGAUACUAGUGUCUGCCUCAAGAGACAAAACACUGAGAGUGUGGGACUUAAAAGAUGAUGGAAAUAUGAUGAAAGUAUUAAGAGGGCACCCAAACUGGGUAUAUAGCUGUGCUUUCUCUCCAGAUUCUUCCAUUCUCUGCUCUGUGGGCGCCAGUAAAACAGUGUUGCUUUGGGAUAUGGACAAGUAUUGUCUCAUCCGGAAACUGGAAGGGCACCAUAACGAUGUGGUAGCCUGUGAGUUUUCUCCUGAUGGAGCUUUACUGGCUACGGCAUCCCAUGACACUCGCCUUUAUGUCUGGGACCCGCAUAUUGGAGUGAUCCUGAUGGAAUUUGGGCAUCUGUUUCCUGCUCCAACUCCAAUAUUUGCUGGGGGAGCAAAUGACCGCUGGGUCAGAUCUGUAUCUUUUAGCCAUGACGGGCUACAUAUUGCAACUCUGGCUGAUGACAAGUUGGUGCGGUUCUGGCGGAUUGACGAAGACCAUCCUGUCCAGGUUGCCCCUUUAAGCAAUGGCCUUUGCUGUGCCUUUUCAACUGACGACAGUGUUUUAGCUGCUGGGACGCAGGACGGAAGUGUGCACUUCUGGGCCACUCCCAAGCAUGUUGCCAGCCUCCAGCAUUUGUGCCGCAUGGCAAUCAGGCGUGUGAUGCCCACCAGCCAAGUGCAGAAGUUGCCAGUUCCUUCCACAAUAGUGGCUUUCCUUUCCUACCGGAUUUAGAGAAGAAUUUGGAGGGAGGGGGAGAUCUGUCGGGUACAUGGGCGCAAAGCAAUGUUGAGCUUUUUUUAUAAACCUUUCAUACUUAGCACUUCACAGGUCUUAAUCGUUUUUCUUAUUUUUUUUAUUAAAUCAAGAACCAGAAUGUUGACCCUGUGGAGUUUUUAAGACACAGACAAAAGCUGUAGAGGUAUUUCUGACGGUGUCAGACUUUUUUCUUAAAAAAGAAAUUGAACUGUGAAAAUUUGUAUAUAAUUAGAUGUAAGCUGCUAUGUAUUACCUAUAUAUAUCUUUUGUGAUUGCUUUUUUGAUGUAUGUAGCAUGUAUAUAUGCUUGUAUGUAGAUAUAUGUGUGAGAGAGGGUGUGAGUUACAUAUAUACACCUGAGCACGCACACACAUUCAUUGAUUCUCUGGAGCCGCAAGCUGUAUCGGUGCUGUGUAAAGUAGAGCAGCAUUUGAGGCACAGAGGGAUGGGUAAACAAUGGCAAAUCUUAGCAGUCCUUGUACUGUGCACAUUGGGAGGGGCUCUCAAAACUCGCUGUCUCCCUCAUCUUGUGAGGCAGCAGAAGUGAAUUUUCUUGAGGCCCACAGCCUGUAGAAAGGGGAAGCGAGGCACAGUUGGAAAGUUGAUUCACCAGGAAUAUGCCAUCUUCAAGGAGGCCUUAAUUUUAUCACAACACGAAUGGUGAAUGUCUUGGACCCGUUUGGGGGUUCUUUAAAAAAACCUUUAAAAUCCAACUACUGUAGUAACUCCUGGCACCUUCUCUUAUAAAUAUGAGUGUCUCACAGGCUUGAUUUCUUUUCUGUUCUGUGACCCUUCGGGGCGGUAAUUGGGUAAACUACCAAAGACAAGCGAACUUUUUUCUUCUUCUUCUUUGCUUUUGCCUUCUGUUUACCUGGACCUGCAAAUACAAAGAAUGUAUGCAUUGCAUAAAAUGCCUGAUUAUAUAUAUUUUGUUUGAACUUUUUUUGUAUUAAAGGAUUAUACAAAAAAAAACCCUA